AUUUGAUCAUGGCACUUUCCUUGAUUAGUGAAAGGGCUGAGGCUGACCCCCGGCAACACUGAAAGGAGGGAAAACCCAUGUUGUGAGUAGCGACGGUUCGUUUCUGUUUGUUCGUUGUGUUAAUCCGGCUCGUUUUACGUCUUGUGACCGAUAACACUGACAAACUCCGCUUCGUCGCGACGCAUUUCUUUUUGAAACUUAGUCUUUUCGUAUUUUGUGAAUGUUUUCGAUUAUUUAUCCGCUGAGACUAACGAUAUGAGGACGGAUUUGAUUGGACAACAUCUCCAACAGGAGAAAGCAGAAAAAUGCCCAACGGUCAACAACGAAGAUCGUGGUGUGAACGGUGUCAGGAGGUCGUUACAUCCUCUCCAAGAAGCUGCAGGCGAUAAGGAGAACCUCGUCGGUGGAGGCAGGCUGAAACAGAUGGCAGUUACUAAAGAAAAACCGUCAACGUCGUUGCCUGACCCGAAACCUGUUAAAAGAGCCAAAUCGUCCAAAUCUGACAAAGUGGCUUCGAUUUUGGAAGAUCUUACUUCAGAAGUUGAGCCAAGCAAGGAGUACUGGGAAUUAUUAGCCGAACAGAGAAGGAUUGCUCUUGAACAGGCUUUAAAAGAAAAUGAACAACUCCACGAAAGAAUAGCCAUACUCGAAGAGGAAAACUUAAAAUGCAAGGCGGUGAUUGAAGACACCCAGGCUGUUAUCACAACAUUGACUGAAAUGCUGAACGAAGAGAAGGAUGAGAAUGAGGCCUCUGACGAAAAUGAAGACAGCAAAGAUAAAUAAGAAUAAACAAGAAAUGUAUCAUUUAUUAUUUUCUCUUUAGUGUAGAUUUAGAAUUAUUUAGGUCUAUUAGUUUUGUCUUUUGUAUAAUUAUUCUAUUUACUAUUUACUAUUCAUU